GAGCACUCUACAUCUACUUUGGGUCAACCACGUUUGAAUGACGUGUUCGUGUUCCUAACGUUUAUUGCAAUUCUGCGAAGUUUGCAUAAGCCUAUCCCUAUCUCCUAACAAUCUAACAUUUCGCCGCUAACGGUACUAAUCUCAUUUGCUACUGUUUCUUUAAUCUACGAGAGUGACAGUUUGAUUAAAAAUGUCUUUCGUAUCGCCAAUGCCUAGCAGAGAAUUCCUCUGGGACGUGUUUCAGAGAGUUGACAGAGACAAGUCUGGCUCAAUAACUGCAGAUGAAUUGCAACAAGCUCUUUCGAACGGGACUUGGACCCCAUUUAAUCCAGAGACAGUUCGUUUAAUGAUCGGUAUGUUUGACAUUGACAAAAAUGAUCCUGGUUCUUCAGGUAUGUUUGAUAAGAAUCAAACAGGAACAGUGAGCUUCGAGGAAUUCGGUGCGCUAUGGAAAUAUGUAACGGACUGGCAGAACUGUUUCCGAUCAUUCGACAGAGAUAACAGUGGGAACAUCGAUAGAAACGAAUUGAAGACGGCUCUUACAAACUUUGGAUACAGAUUGUCAGAUCAAAUAAUAGACACCCUCAUACGUAAAUACGACAGAGCUGGGAGAGGAACUAUAUAUUUUGAUGACUUUAUUCAGUGCUGCAUAGUUUUAUACACACUGACUUCGGCCUUCAGACAGUUGGAUACAGAUUUGGAUGGUGUUAUCACGAUUCACUACGAACAAUUCCUAGGCAUGGUAUUCAAUCUUAAAAUAUGAGCUAUUUGUAUGUCUCGUCUACGAUAUUCUUGCCUAUCGUGGCACCACAUUAUUUACGAAUUAUUCGGUGCCAAAUCUUGGAUAUAUUUGAGGAGUACAUAACGAGCCUAAAUGUUCAAGUUUCUUAAAGGUUUAUAAGCAUGUAAAAACAUUCCGAAACGAUGUAUGCGUACACGUGCUAAUAUUACGAGCAUAGUUAUACAUAUUUUUACUUCCACCAUUUAUCUGUCACGACACAUAAAAGUAUUUUGUACUGCUUAAUUAUUUAGUGAAUCACAAAAAGAAACGUAACGAGCAUCUCUCUGAUUUGUCAUUUAAAAAGAUACAUUUGUUUAAGGUACUGAUCCAUGGUCGCAGAAUGUACAGUGUAACAAAUGUCAAUUAUCUGAUACCAAUGUUAUUAUCCCUAUGCUUUAAUAUUUAUUGUACUUUUUUAUUAUACUAUACAGCACCUCAGAAGAUAUUAAAUAAUUAUGUACGUCGAAAGGUAGUUAAGGAAAUUGAUAUAAAUUUUGUGCUUUCCUCAAGUAAAACCGUUUGUUAUACGUAUUUGUGAAAUAUAACAUUUUUCUGUCCUUUGAGAAGAUUAUAGAAUUGUUCUAAAUAA